AUGUCUCUGGCCGUUCAGAAGAACAUCAUUGGUAAAGCAAUCUGGCACCAAGUAACAACAGUCGUCAUAUUGACGGAGAAUAUGCGCAUGCGUACUGCGACCGCAGAGGAUCGGGAUUUUGCGGAUGCUCUAGCGAACAUGAGAUAUGGCGCAUGCACAAGGGCGAAUAUAAGCUUACUAAACUCAUUCGUAGUGGGCAGCGAACCAGGCGCGCCAGAUCUCACGGACGAGAAAUUCAAAAAUGUCUCCAUUAUUACCGCGCGUAACGCGGAAAAGGACGCUUUCAAUGAGUUAGGCUGUAAAAGAUUCGCGGAGGAGACAGGGCAAGUACUAACGUCGUUCUAUUCGUGCGACUACCGUGCUGCUGAGGAGAUGGCGAGCGGUCCGUCUCGAAAGAAAGGUCGGGGUCGCAAAAGGCCUAUCAACGCGGGGUCAGGCCUAUCGGACGGAAUGCAGAACACCCUUUGGACGUCCCUACCAUGCUUCACGGAGCAGAUACCCGGCAGAUUGGACUUGUGCAUAGGAAUGCCGGUGAUGAUAAGAUCGAAUAUAGCGACGGAGCUGUGCAUGACGAAAGGGCAAGAAGGCGUUGUCUGCGGAUGGACAGCGUCAAUGGGUAACCGCAAACAACGGGUUCUGGAUGUACUCUUCGUGAAGCUUGUGAAUCCGCCGAAGACGGUCCACAUCGAUGGCCUGGAAGAAAAUGUGGUUCCGCUAUCCAGACAAGAAGAACGAAUCACCUGCUUGUUAAAGAACGAUGAUGUUAUCACCAUCGAUAGGUCUCAAAUC